AUGAGGAGAAUAGAAGAGCCAUUAAGCUCUGAAAUGUACACUACUGAUGCGUACCGUUUGCGUAUUGAGGCCCUUGAGCGGGCGGAACGUAUUUUAGAGCGUCAAGAGGCCGAGCUGGCGGCGAGGGAAAAUUUGCUGGAACGGGCAGUUGCCAUUGGGAUGCAGCCGUCUCAGGAAGGGUGGCAACAACAUGUGGAGGAUGCACUCAGUUCUCUCCGCAAUCGCAGCGCUGUACAAGACGGCGGCAACAUUUAUAGUGGUGGUGGCGUCCAAAAAGCUACGGCGAUGUUAGGGGAGUGGGAGGACCUUGUCGCAAAGUUAGAGAAGCACGCAUCACAAUGGAGACGCAAAGAUGCGGAAAUUGCCACUCGUGAACGAGAUUUGGCGCGGCGUGAGGCGGCUCUUGAACAGGAACGUCAGAGCCUGCUGCAGGAGAGUGAGCAUCUUGCGAAUUUACGGGAACGUCUCUCUGCAAUGCGUGUUACCGUCGAGGAGCGAACACGCGAACUGAAUCUGCGUGAGGCCGAGUUGUUGGCACGUAAUGGCAAGGCCGUGGAGGGCGAGGAUGGCUGCAAGACGGCUCUUAUUGCCCUGCAGGAGAGGGAGGCGAAGUUGAAAGCCGAUCGGGAGCGGUGCGACUGUCUUCUUGAGGCGUUAUUUGAGCUUUACAGUCGGCUUUUGUUGCAUGUCUAA